AUGGCUCCAACCGCAAUCAUAGAACCAUUGCUCUUCAAUUCCGAAACUGACAAUUGUUCUAUGAAGAAAGAAGUGUUUGGGAAUGGCAUCACCAACAUCCAUGUCAAUGGCAAAGACAUUUCUGUUGCCGAUACGCCGAACGGAUUUCAAAUGGAGCGGCAUAUGAAAAGGGAAUUUCCGGUUGUGGUCGCGGGGAAAGGUAACUACUUGCAUCUUUCUGACGGCCGCAAAAUACUCGACGCAACGAGCGGGGCUGCUGUCUCUUGUCUUGGUCAUGGCGACCAGAGAGUGAUCGAUGCCAUUACCCGUCAGCUUACCUCCGGUACUCCAUAUCUCUGCUCUUCUUAUUGGAGCAGUGAUGUGGCGCAAGAACUUUGCAAAGAACUGAUCGCUGGAACGGACAAAAAGAUGAGUAGAGUAUAUUUGAGCGGUUCAGGUUCCGAAGCCAUGGAAGCAGCUCUCAAGCUGUCAAGGCAAUACUUCUUCGAAAAAGAUAAAGCCUCCCCACGAGUCAAUUUCAUUGCACGUGAGGGAUCUUAUCAUGGCAAUACUAUCGGGGCUUUAGGAGUGUCUGGUCAUCUUGCCCGUCGAGCUCCAUAUGAACCUUUUCUCAUGAACGUCCACCAAGUGUCGGCAUGUUAUGCAUACAGACAACGCCAUGAUGGAGAGUCCGACGAGUCUUUCGUUGCCAGAAAGGCUGAUGAACUUGAAGCGAAAUUUCAGGAGCUUGGCCCAGAGACGGUCAUUGCUUUCAUCUGUGAACCAGUAGUAGGGGCUGCACUUGGAUGUGUACCAUACGUGCCAGGAUAUCUCAGAGCCAUGAGAGAAGUCUGUCAUAGACAUGGUGCUCUUUUGAUUCUAGACGAGGUCAUGAGCGGGAUGGGCCGCUGUGGCACCUUGCAUGUGUGGCAAGAUGAAGGCAUAGCGCCCGAUCUACAAACAAUCGCUAAAGGGCUCGGUGGUGGAUAUCAACCUAUAGCUGCUGUUCUUAUUUCAGAGAAGGUCAUGAAAGCUCUUUAUAAUGGAAGUGGAGCAUUCGUUCACGGCCAGACCUAUCAGGGCAUGCCCGUUCAAGCCGCUGCUGCACUUGAAGUUCAAAGAAUCAAUCGCAAGGACAACCUGAUCGAAAACGUGCGUGUCCAGGGAGCACUUCUGGAAAAGACACUCAAAGAGCUUCUAGGUGAUCACCCAAAUGUGGGCGAUAUUCGAGGCAAGGGUCUAUUCUGGGGUCUUGAAUUUGUCAGAGACAAGGCGACAAAAGAGCCUUUCGAUCCCAAGCUACAGGUUGCACAGCAGGUACACGAUACGGCGAUCUCAGAACCAUUUAAUAUGACCAUGUAUCCCGGUACUGGUACCAUGGACGGUGUGAGAGGUGAUCACAUAAUCCUGGCUCCUACAUAUAUCAGUACUGCGGAAGAUAUCAAACAUAUAGCUAACACGGCAGCGGCGGCUGUCAAUCAAGUCUUCGCCAAGCUCUCUGCAGCAUCCUAA